AUGGCGGACCUUGACCCGAAGCCACCCCUAACCUCAACACCCGAAGCCACCAUCACUUCCGCCAACAGCAUCUCAGAUAGGUCUGGGCCUAGCCCGAAGAAUAACGGCGCAGGAGAUGACGAUGGUGACGGCAAGACCAAGUCUGUUGCCGGCAAGGAGAAGCAGUCGGGUUCCCUCCACUUCUUCUACCGCGUGCAUUGGUCAUACUCGACCUCGCUGGAUCAUACUCUCCGGCUGAUUGGUUUUGUCUGCGCCGUCGCAUCAGGAGUCGUGCCACCGCUGAUGACCGUGGUUUUCGGCUCCUCAGUGAACCAAUUCAGUUCCUACGAGAAUGGAAGCAUAUCCGGCGAUGACCUGUAUCGGAAUAUGUCCCAGAACGCGCUGUGGCUGCUCUACCUGUUCAUUGGCCGCUUUUUCCUGGUCUACAUACACUCCACAUGUUUUGGGUUGGUCGGUAUCCGCGUUACAAGGUCCUUCCGUCUUGACUUUAUCCGAUCCAUGAUCCGGCAGGACGUAUCCUUCGUCGACUUAUGCGCAGCUGGCACCGUGGCCUCCACCAUUUCGAAUAGCGCCGACAUGGUCGAGAACGGCAGCACAGAGAAGGUUGGCAGUUUGAUUCAAAACAUGGCCAUGUUUGUGGCUGCGUUCGUGGUUGCUUUUACGCAGCAGUGGAAGUUGACACUUGUCACGGCCACGACACUACCUGUCCUCUUCACGGGAUUCAAGAUCACAUUUGGCCUUGAUGCCAAGAUUGAGGCCAAAAUACUUGAGAUAUACAACCGCGCCGGCGGCUUGGUAGAAGAGGCCUUGGGCACGGUCCGUAUUGUCACGGCCUUCAAUGCCAGCGGGAAGCUCAGCCGCAAAUAUGACAACUACCUAGAAGCGGCACAGAAGCUCGGCUUCCGCAAGGGUCCCAUCAUUGGCGUCCAGUGGAGCGUCGAGUUUUUCACUAUUUAUGCUGCAUACGCGCUGGCCUGGUAUUACGGCAUUAAGCUGCUCAACAGCGGUGAGAUCGCCGGCGGUGGACAAAUCAUCUCGGUGCUGCUCGCCGUCCUCUUGGGUACGAACGCUGCGUCCAAUGUGGCUCCUGGGUUCGGAGACUUUGCCAAGGCUUCAGCUGCCGCAAAGGGAAUGUUCGAGAUGAUUGACCGCAAGUCCGAAAUAGAUCCAUUGGCUGACAAAGGCGAGCGACCAGCUCAGAGUGACGGUUCGGUUGAGCUACGCCAUGCCAGCUUUGCUUAUCCGUCGCGGCCGUCAGUCCAGGUCCUGCACGACGUGAGUCUGAAGUUUGAGGCAGGCAAAGUCACGGCGCUGGUUGGUGCGUCCGGAUCUGGGAAGAGUACUAUUGUUGGUUUAAUUGAGAGAUGGUAUAACCCGGUGAGCGGCUCCGUUCAUGUGGGCGGCCAUGCCGUUGCGGAGCUGAAUGUCCGUUGGCUGCGUCGGCGCAUUGGACUUGUCCAGCAGGAGCCUGUGCUCUUCAGCGAUACCAUUUACAAUAACGUUGUGCACGGGCUCUACGGCACGGCCAUGAACGACCUCCCGGAGCCGGAGAAGCGAGAACUAGUCAGACAGGCGUGCAUACAAGCGUUUGCCGACGAGUUCAUCCAGGGACUGCCAGACAAGUAUGACACCAAGGUUGGUGAUCGUGGCGCUUUACUGAGCGGUGGCCAAAAACAACGCAUCGCCAUUGCACGGAGUGUGAUCUCCAACCCAGAGGUCCUCUUGCUCGACGAAGCUACCUCAGCUUUAGAUCCCACAGCGGAAGGAAAGGUGCAAGCUUCUCUGGACAAUGUCUCCAAGUCUCGCACCACGAUCCUGAUUGCGCAUAAGCUUUCAACUGUUCAAAAGGCCGACAAAAUCGUGGUGCUCAGUCAAGGGGAAGUUGUGGAGCAGGGUACACACCAGCAGUUGCUUAAUCUCCGCGGCGCCUACUAUCAGCUCGUCAAUGCCCAAGCAUUGCAUACGGGUCAGGAAGUUUUGGGACAAGGGCUUAAUAUGGCCAAUCCUCCCAUCCAACAUCUGCAGAGACCUAAAAUAUCGGAGGGCACCGAAGAAAAGGCUUUGGCCUUGUCCAAGUCUUCAACUGCGCACAGUGUUCGGAGCCCCAACCAAGCUGCAGACGCCGAAGAGGCUGAAGAUGAGGAUGGCGAUAUCGCCCGGAAGCUUUCUAUCAGCCGGUGCAUCGCCAUCAUCUUUAAGGAACAGCGCCACAUUUGGCCAAUAUUGCUGUUCGGUAUCAUCUCCUCGGCCGCUGGUGGUGGUCUAUUCCCGGCACAGGCCGUUCUCUUCGGCUCGAGCAUUCCGACUCUACAGCUGCCUCGCGGCGACCAGCUAGUGGAACGUGGCAACUUUUGGGCAUUGAUGUAUUUUGUGUUCAGCUUGGGCGUUUUCGUCAGUUAUGUUGGAGUUGGCUUCUUCUGGACUGUGGCAUCCUUUCACGCUACACGCUUUUAUCGCCGCGAAUACUUCGACGCCAUGCUACGCCAAGAUGUCUCCUUCUUCGACAGCAGGGGCCAUGGCGCCGCCGAGAUGACCAGUCGACUCUCGCUACACCCCCAGAGGCUCCAAAAUUUAUUGUCGACCAACCUUGCUCUAAUCAUCGUGAUUUUUGUUGACAUUGUUUCAUGCUUUAUCCUAGCAGUUGCCAUGGGAUGGCGACUGGGCUUGGUUGUCAUUGCUGGAGGCAUGCCUCCUCUUUUCGGUGCAGGCUUCUUCCGUCUCAGACUCGAGAUGGCAAACGAGGACCGUCUAACCCAUAUGUAUCUGGAAUGUGCGCGUUUUGCUUCUGAGGCUGUGGGAGCCAUUCGCACCGUAUCCAGUCUCACAUUGGAAGACAAGGUGCUGGAUGGCUUCCGACAAAGGCUUGCCGAGUGCUCGAGCCGAGAGCUCCGUAGUAAGAUGCUUACAAUGCUUGUUCAUUCCUUCGCCGAGAGUAUCAACCUUGCCGUGACGGGUUUGGCUUUCUGGUAUGGUGGCAAGCUGCUGUCUGAGGGUAGCUAUGAUAUGCAAACGUUUUUCAUUGUCUUCAUGGCAGUGUUGAUGGGUUCGCAGUCGGGCGGAGUUCUUUUUGGUUUCUCUUCAAACGUUUCGCGAGCACAUUCAGCAGCCAACCAUAUCCUGGAUCUGCGUCAAGCACAGCCCCCAAUCAAUAACUCCACCGGCACCAAGCAGUUGCCGCUUAGUGGGGAGAAAUCUGCUGCCAUCGAAUUUCGGGACGUGGCCUUCGCUUAUCCAGGUCGGCCCAAUCACCCGGUCUUGAACGGCCUCAACCUCAAGAUUGAAAAGGGUCAAUCUGUGGGGAUUGUGGGCGCUUCGGGCUGUGGUAAGAGUACCAUGAUUGCCCUGCUAGAGAGAUUCUAUGACAUUAGCUCCGGACAACUCCUUGUCGAGGGACAAUCACUGCAGGGCUUGGAUGUGCACUCCCACCGCUCUCGCAUAGGUCUCGUUUCGCAGGAUACGAUGUUGUUCCAGGGAACCAUCCGUGAGAACAUCCUACUGGGUGUACCAGACGAAGAGGCCGCCACGUCUGACGCGGACGACCGCGUUGAGAGGGCGUGCAAAUCAGCCAACAUGCAUGACUUUAUUAGCAGCUUGCCGGACGGGUAUGCAACUGACAUUGGGAACCGCGGAGUGGCACUGAGUGGAGGACAGCGCCAGCGCCUCGCUAUUGCGCGGGCACUUAUCCGCGAGCCCGACUUGUUGCUAUUUGACGAGGCCACUAGCGCGCUAGACACUGCCAACGAAGCGCUGGUACAGGCUGCGAUCGAAGCAGUGGCGCGCGAGAAGCCGGGCCGCACUACAGUUGCUGUUGCCCACAGGCUUUCAACCAUUCGACGAUGCGACCGCAUCUUUGUGCUGUACCAGGGACAAGUGGCUGAGGAGGGUACCCACGAUGAGCUAGUUCAGAAAAGAGGACAGUACUAUGAAAUGGUACUAGCUCAGUCUUUAGACCAAGAGGUCGUAGAGGCGUAA